CUGAGAUGGCAGUGGUAGCGACAGCAGCACCAGAGUGGGCCACCAAAGAGCCUUGUCUCAUGGGCAUCGACGAGGCUGGACGAGGCCCUGUGCUUGGCCCCAUGGUGUAUGGCUGCAUGUACUGUGCGUGUUCCUACCAGGACACUCUUGCCACCCUCAGUUUUGCAGAUUCAAAGACCUUGAAGGAGGAGCAAAGGGAGGAGCUGUUUGAAAGUCUGAAGACGAAUAGCUCCAUUGGGUGGGAGGUUGAUGUCAUAUGCCCAAAAGUGUUAUCUGCCAAAAUGUUGAAAAGGACAAAAGUUAAUCUGAAUGAAAUAUCUCAUAACUCUGCAAUGGGUCUAGUUAAAAAAGCUCUUGACAUGGGAGUUCUGCUGGCGGAGGUCUAUGUCGACACAGUUGGAGAUCCUGAAAAGUACAGGGUGAAACUUGCUGAAAAGUUUCCAGGCAUCAAAUUUGUGGUUGCCAAGAAAGCUGAUAGUCUUUACCCUGUUGUUAGCGGAGCAAGUAUAGUUGCAAAGGUCACAAGGGAUAGAGCCGUGCGGAACUGGGCAUUUGAUGAAACAGCUCAGAAUAUGCACAUGAACACUGGAUCAGGUUAUCCAGGAGACCCUAAUACUAUACAAUGGUUAAAAGACCAUAAGCAUCCAGUAUUUGGUUUCCCAACUUUGGUGCGUUUUAGCUGGGGAACUUGCACGCCAUACUUCAAGAAUGGAGUUGAAGUGACGUGGGAGUCUGACGAACUUGAUGAAGACGAAGCCAGCAAUGGAAGCGCCAAGCGGCAGGUCAAAUUGUCGAGUUUAGGCUUCACUGGGUUCAAAAGGAAGUCGGAGGAGAUCGAAUCGACUGGAAAAGCCCGUUGUAAGUUCUUCCAGGCUCGUAAGCUCGAGCUGGUCAGGAAGUUUCAGUGAUGUGUACUAGCUAGGUAGCACUUUUAGAUUUAAAUUUUUAUUACUUGUUCGGGCUUGGGUAUGUUUAUUCUGCAUGGAUGACUUCCAAGUCCAGUGAAUCGGAUGCUGCAGAUAUAAGCUGUACUGAGCCUGUGUCCUAGGACUGAAUCAGAUAGUUCAUGUGUCACGAAUUGAAGUGUUUGGUUAGGCUGUGAUAGUGGAUCUUGAAAAUUAGUACUGUCAGGCCUUGGGAAUGGGGCUUUAUUCAAUACUGUGUGUCACGACACACUAUCUGACGGAGGCCCUGAGGAUCAA